AUGGCGUCUGGCGGCGGAGAGGCGGAUAAAUCAGUGAAAAUCGGAUCCGACUCGAAAUUAGGCGGAGUCGGGAGCAGGAGCGCCGGAGAAGGACAAUACGUCAGGGCGGACACCCUGGAUUUCACUAAGUGGGAUUUCAAUACGGGUCAAAGCUCAACUGUCGCCAAGUCUGGCUCCACGAAAGCUCCAGCUCCGGCUCCGGCGCCGGCGAUGCAGGAAUGGGAGAUCGACCUCUCCAAACUGGACAUGAAGCACGUCCUCGCCCACGGAACUUAUGGCACUGUCUACCGCGGGGUCUACGCCGGCCAACAAGUCGCAGUGAAGGUGUUGGAUUGGGGAGAAGAUGGGUACGCCACAGCAGCUGAAACUACAGCUCUGCGUGCUUCCUUCGAGCAAGAGGUCGCCGUCUGGCAGAAGCUCGAUCAUCCCAACGUUACAAAGUUUAUAGGAGCAUCCAUGGGGACCUCUGAUCUGAAGAUCCCUCCAGCAGGGGAUUCAGGGGGACGUGGAAACGGAGCACAUCCAGCGAGGGCAUGUUGUGUGGUGGUGGAGUAUGUAGCCGGAGGCACGCUCAAGAAGUUCCUCAUCAGGAAAUAUAGGACCAAACUGCCCAUCAAGGAUGUCAUUCAGCUCGCUCUGGAUCUCGCUAGAGGGAUGAGUUACCUGCACUCCAAGGCGAUUGUACAUCGGGACGUCAAGUCAGAGAACAUGCUCUUAGAAACUAACAAGACCCUCAAGAUUGCCGAUUUCGGGGUUGCUAGAGUCGAAGCUCAGAACCCUCAAGACAUGACCGGUGAAACUGGGACUCUUGGGUACAUGGCACCAGAGGUUCUGGAAGGAAAGCCGUACAACAGGAAAUGUGAUGUGUAUAGCUUUGGGGUCUGCCUCUGGGAAAUAUACUGCUGUGACAUGCCCUACGCUGACUGUAGUUUUGCUGAGAUUUCCCACGCCGUUGUUCAUAAGAAUCUGAGACCGGAGAUUCCGAAAUGCUGCCCACAAGCGGUGGCAAACAUAAUGAAGAGAUGCUGGGACCCGAAUCCUGACAGGCGGCCGGAGAUGGAGGAGGUGGUGAAGAUGCUUGAAGCGGUAGACACGAGCAAAGGCGGUGGAAUGAUAGCUCCAGACCAGUUUCAAGGCUGCCUCUGUUUCUUCAGACCUCGUGGCCCCUGA